AGACGGUGUGGGACUACCAUGGAGCUUCACGACCUGGCGAACUUCCCCAGGCCCGUGCACCACAGAAUUCCAAACUUCAAGGGUUCGUAUCGCGCCGCGGGGAGGAUCGGAGACCUCGCAGCUUUCGCAGCGACCAGCGCCGUUAAGGUGGACCCCGAUAAGCCGCUAGAGGGCGUCCGACUCGCCGCCCUGGAGGCACGGAAGACCCUGCUGGUUCCCACGCCGAGACUCCGAUCCGGGCUGUUCAACCGGAUCGUUCCGCCCGCCGGUGCCUCCAAGGCCGACCUGCACCGGUGUGCCACCUCGCAGGGCGUGCGCGAGUUCAGCGUGCCGCUCGCGCUGGACGCCGGCGUGCGCGUCGACCUCGUGGUGGUCGGCUCCGUCGCCGUGUCCGAGAGAGGAUGGCGCAUCGGGAAGGGCGAGGGCUUUGCGGACAUGGAGUUCGCCAUGAUGGCGUGCACAGGCGCUGUGGAUGACGCCACGGUGGUGGUGACCUGCGUUCACGACUGCCAGGUGGUGGACAUCCCGGAGGAGCUGGUGGAAACUCAUGACCUGACGGUUGACUACAUCCUCACCCCGACGCGCGUCAUCAAAACCAACUGCAGCGCGCCCAAGCCUCGUGCAAUCAUCUGGUCCAAGAUCGACCGCGAGCUUCUGGCCCGGAUCCCCAUCCUGAACACUCUGCGGGCCCGGGAAGAGAGGCUGGGCCGGGACGUGUCGCUGAGGGACGCUCCCAGCCUUCACCGCACCGCAGCCUCUGCCGGAUCUCCGGACGAUCCUUCCGCUUCUCUCCACCGAGAAACCGUCGGCGUCGGCUCUGCCGGGACAGCGGCAGCGACCCGCGUGCGCCGGGCCGGUUCCGUUUCGGCAAGGGGGCGGCGUGGGGACGGGAGACACCACCGGGGAAGAGGAGGAGGAUGGGCGAGGCAGCCGAUUGGUGGAGGAGGAAGUGGUUGCGCCGUGCCGGAUCUGGCGAGGGGCCGGGGUGGUGGUGGGGGCGACGGAAUGUAACCUUCCGGUAACCUCGGGGCUUUAAUUUCUCACCCACAAUGUUCGGCGUCGCUGGUAGACUAGAGUCGGUGUUGCCGUGACUCGUCGUGCUGCAGCCCACCGCGGGAGGUGUAUACUUGACGUGGUGUUCCGGGCGUGGAAAUGACCCGGCCAGAUCCGGCUGAAGCGAAGCCCUGAUGAACCGGAUCCUGAAAGCAGCGAUCAGCAACGAGUGGAUGAUGAUGACGA